AUGGCUCUAUGCGGACGUUGCUGCUCUUAUCCCCAGGGACAAAUCUCCUUUUUUCCCACGAUGAUGGCACUUGCGGGCCUUCUGUGUACAUUCUAUGCGCUGCCCUGGACGCCUGGUGAAUGGUUUUCGGGGGUGCACUUCAUUUGCGUGCAUCCGGAGGACCAGGACUUCAGUUUUACCUGCCUUCCUUUGAUUUUGGUGGACACCGACUAUUGGUCCAGCGGCAGCCCCGACGAAGACGAAACCAAGCAAUACUGGAAGAUUCAGGUCGCCACAAUCUGCGCCAUUUUGGCUGCUGUGAUUGGUUGUAUCGCCACAGUAUAUCUCUUUGGAGCCAUUUGCUUCCACCUUGAGAAAGGCAUGCUCAAUCGCAUUGCUGCAGGUUACACCGCUUGUGCAGCCUUUUCGGCUUUGACCUUUAUCGCUGCAUCGUGGGACCGUUGCGCCCAACUCGGCAACACCAGCGAAAGCUGCAAGACGGUGGUCCGUCUCGAGAAGGGUGCUGUUGCGGAAAUCUUUGCCGCUUUUUUCUUUCUUGCGGCGGCUGUUGCCACUCUUAAUUUUGCUCAAUCAGUGGGAACCGGAAAAGUCCCAGGUGAGCCUGAGCCCAGUGGAACCAUGAAAAGCAGCGACGAAGUGUUGCCUCUCGUCCAGCAACACAGCAACCCGCCUGCUCCACGUGUGGAAACCCCUCCCACCUCUCCUAGGCGAUCAUCCCGCCCGGAAGGCUCCAAUGGUCUCCUCCAUGCAUGA